ACUAUUGUAGAGCAAGUAGCAAUAGGUUGGUCUGGCUACAGGGGCUCUGACCAAGGGGGACAUCGACGCGCACAAAAAAUGGCUUGUGGAAUUCAUUUGGGGAUCUUGGUGAUUUGCUUAGUUCAGGCAGAACAUGCACGCUGUUUGUGGGCUCAAGGAGCUCAAAGAGAAAGCAACAAUGCAUAUGUUGGCUACUUGCAACAAGGUCUUGCUGGAAGCAAUCCCCAGAAUCAAUUCAGACAAGCCUCCAGUGUUCCAGCCUCGGCCCAAAGCGACAGCGAAGUGGCUUCUAAGGUGAAGGUGGCCGUGCAAUCAGAGCAAGAUGGUUACAGCUCAGUCAAGGUGCUGCGUCGGCGCCCUGUGCUCAGCCAACAAAGUGCACUCAUCAAGCCCAAAAAGUCUCCCGGGCUGGACCUCUCUACUUCUAUUGCAAGCUCUGGCACCUUAAACAAGCACAAGAGCCAACAGACCAAGGGCAACAGGAAGAGUUCGGGCUCACGCCGUGUCGGCCUUCCCAACAAGAAAGAUGCUUCAGCUCCGAGCCUCGCCGCUAAGAAGCAGAAACCUCACCGGCAGGUUCCCCGCAAGCAGCAAAACAAAGCCCGCCUCUUUGUGGCCGGCUACGGCGCACGAGAGUACGUUCCUGACAUGCAAACAUCUGCCACGGGCGCCGCAUCCGACACUGACCUGAAACCGAGCAAUGCAGGAACGUCUCAUCAGAGCAAAGGGUUCCACGGGUACGGAUGGGUUCCCCAGCACUCUCAUCCCCACCCUGGCAACAGGCGGAACCCCCAGCACGGCUCAAGCGAGAAGGUUGACUCCGGUAAAAAGUUUGCACCCACUGAUGUUCUCCGAAUCCCUAAGCGCUUCGGAGGGCACGCCAUCAGGCGAAUGAAGGCCCCUAAGCCCCAAGUGUUGGAUGAGGAGACCCAAAAAGCAUCCUUGCAGAAGAAACUAUUUUACAGACUGCCUUCCCGUAACUAAUCGAACAUUCUUGGACUUGGAUUGAGUGCAGUUUCUUGGAAAUAAAAAUAUUUGUACGCCUAAA